AUGCCUGGGGUAGAAAUUGAUCGAUCUACCUUAUGGAAGAAAGCUAGACAGGACAAACAUGGUAACAUCCCUGAUCCAAAGGUGGUAGAGAAAGAAAAAUUAAUUGAUAAAUGUACUAGAUGGAGACCUAGGGUAGUGAGGCCAAUAGGAGUCACGUGUUGGAUACAAUUUGUGACACUACAAGAAAAAAGGUCAGUAGUGAUCAAUUUCUCAGUGACUAAACUGAGAAUGGUCACAAAAGACCUCUCCGUCUCCGUUAUCCUGCGUGUGAUGAUGCUCGAUAUAAGUUGUCGCCAUCGUGCCGACCACAACCUGACGUUGUACUCAGAUGCUCUACGUAAAGACCUUACUGCACCCCUCUACAUCGGCAACCACCACUCUCGCAUUCUUGCCUGUACCACGGCCACUACAGCACCCCCCGCAACCCCUCCCUCCCCUACUCUUCCAGAUCCCGAUGACCCCCCCCCCGCAUGCUGUCCCCCUUCACAAGCAAGUGAGGGCCUUGUCAAGCGAGCCACCUAUUAG